CUGAAGCGGCUUUUGUCAGUAACCGUGUGCCCUCCGCUCCUUUGCCUUUCCCCCUGCACUACAGGUAUUAAAGAUGGGCCGUCGAGCCCGCCAGGAGUUCUUUCCAGACGAAAAUCUCAGAAGGAAGAAUUCCCCGCCUGCUUACCUUGGAGAGGGUCCACCACCUAAACCCCCACGCCGGCAAGGAGGCUGGGCAGAUGAUCCUGCAGUGGCAGCUACCAAGUCGGGAAGAAAGCAUGCAGAAGAAGUAGAAGACCAUCGUCUCAGACAGCAGAGCCUGGAGGGAUCAGAUGAUGGAGGAGACAUUCCGGUGAUCCCUGAUUUGGAGGAAGUCCAGGAGGAAGAUCUGGCCAUGCAAGUGGCAGCUCCUCCCAGUGUGCAGGUGAACCGAGUGCUGACCUACCAUGACCUGGACAAAGAUCUUAUGAAGUAUGCUGCCUUUCAAACUCUGGAUGGAGAGGUUGACCUGAAGCUUCUCACCAAAGUUUUGGCUCCAGAGCAUGAACUACGAGAGGAUGAUGUCAGCUGGGAUUGGGACCAUCUCUUCACAGAGGUGUCCUCAGAACUAGUGACUGAGUGGGACCUGGGACAGUCUGAGAGAGAGGAGCACCUCAGUGUGCCCUAGAGCACUGGCACACCAGACAUCUUGUACAUGCAUCCCUUGUAAAUAGUUUAGCACUUUAAUUUUCUAUUCACUUGUUUGUAUUUGAGAAUUUAUUUCAGACAUGAAAAUAAAUAGGACCUUGCUUCAUA